UUAGUAAUAUCCUGGGAGGUGAUUGCUGCGUCUUUUUUUUUUUUUUUAAAUCCCAGCAGAUUUUUUUUCUAUUUUAUUUUUUUAUUUUUUAUUUUUAUUUUUCUACUUCUCUGAAUAUCGCCACUCUCUCACUCUAAGAUCUGAUACCCCUUCGAGAUUUUUCCUUUCAGAUCAUGAACAAACUAUAUGUUGGGAAUUUAAGUCCUUCGGUCACUGUCGAGGACUUGAAGCAGCUCUUUGGGGAGAGGAAGCUGCCAGUGGCCGAUCAGGUCCUACUGAAAUCCGGCUAUGCUUUUGUGGACUUCCCCGAUCAGAACUCGGCCAUAAAGGCUAUAGAGACUCUUUCUGGUAAAGUUGAAUUACACGGAAAGGUGAUAGAGGUAGACUACUCUGUUCCCAAAAAACUAAGGAGUCGGAAGAUCCAGAUCCGGAACAUUCCCCCUCAUCUACAGUGGGAGGUUUUGGACGGCCUUCUAGCUCAGUAUGGUACUGUAGAAAACGUGGAACAAGUGAACACUGAUACAGAAACAGCAGUGGUGAAUGUUACAUACGCAACCAAGGAGGAAGCUAAAGUAGCCAUCGAGAAGUUGACAGGACACCAGUUCGACGACUACUCUUUCAAGGUGUCAUAUAUCAUGGACACGGAUGCUGCUCCACCUGUCCAGGCUCCUCGCACGCGUCGUGGGGGUCGGGCUUCCCGGGACCAGGGCUCCUCUCAGCCCGGGCCAUCAGGAGGCUACGGUUCUCCACGCCCCAGACAACACGACUUCCCACUGCGCAUGCUCGUGCCUACUCAGUUUGUGGGAGCCAUUAUCGGCAAGGAAGGCCUCACUAUCAAGAAUGUCACCAAACAGACACAAUCAAAGGUAGACAUUCAUCGGAAGGAAAAUGCAGGUGCAGCUGAAAAACCCAUCACCAUCCACUCAACACCCGAGGGCUGCUCCGCCGCCUGUCGCAUGAUCCUGGACAUCAUGCAGAAGGAGGCCAAUGAGACCAAGACGACGGAGGACAUCCCUCUGAAAAUCCUUGCCCACAACAGCCUCGUGGGUCGGCUGAUUGGCAAAGAGGGCCGCAACCUGAAGAAGAUCGAGGAGGAGACAGGGACCAAGAUAACCAUCUCCUCGUUACAAGACUUAACCAUUUACAACCCUGAGAGGACCAUCACGGUGAAGGGCAGCUUAGAUGCAUGUUGUAAAGCCGAGGUGGAGAUCAUGAAGAAACUGAGGGAAGCCUAUGAGAAUGAUAUUGCUGCUAUAAAUCAACAGGCCAAUCUGAACCUGAGCACUCUGGGCAUCUUCUCCUCUGGUCUGCCGGUGCUGCCCCCUGCUGCUGGACCGCGUGGUGCUGUGCCCCCUGUGGCGCCAGCAGGAUACAACCCAUUCUUAAGUCACUCUUCACAUCUCAGUGGCCUGUACGGGGUUCCUUCAGCAAGUGCCAUCCCCCACCAGCACUCACAACAGGCUCCAGAACAGGAGGUUGUCUACCUCUUUAUUCCAACUCAGGCAGUCGGGGCCCUGAUCGGGAAGAAGGGCCAGCACAUCAAACAACUUGCCCACUUCGCCGGCGCUUCUAUCAAGAUCGCCCCGGCUGAGAGCCCAGAUGUAACUGAGAGGAUGGUUAUCAUUACUGGAACCCCAGAAGCUCAGUUUAAGGCCCAAGGUCGGAUAUUUGGGAAGCUGAAAGAGGAGAACUUUUUCUCGGCGAAGGAGGAGGUCAAACUGGAGACGCACAUCAAGGUUCCCUCAAGUGCAGCUGGCAGGGUCAUUGGUAAAGGGGGCAAGACAGUAAACGAGUUGCAGAACCUUACGAGCGCAGAGGUCAUCGUACCGCGGGACCAAACUCCUGAUGAGAACGACGAGGUGUUUGUGAAAAUCAGUGGGCAUUUCUUUGCCAGCCAGACUGCACAGAGGAAGAUCCGGGAGAUCAUUCAGCAGGUGAAACAGCAGGAACAGAAGCACCAGCAGGGCGCUGCCGUGUCACCGCACCACUCCAAGUGACCGGCCAGGUGGCUCCAAUGGGCACCAGCCAAUGAAUGUAGCCCUCCCAAAUGGACAGAGACCUACCCAGACUAAGGCCAAGGCCAAGGGGGACAUGCAGGGCAGACCAGCAGCACCGGGAUCAAAACCAAAGAACUUCGCUAGGGGGGACACAAGUGAGAGCCAAAGGCUGAGGGCGUUGUGUGCACUGCCAGCCCUGUGAGAGCAGAUAGAUUGGGAGAAAUCGUACUGAUGCUAAAAAAUAAAAAUACCAAAAAAAUUAAUAAAUAAAUAAAAAAAACUACAAGAAAGGUGGAAAUGUCAGAGAAUUUGGGAACUGUUGUCUUCACAGUUAAAAAAACAGGAAAUAGUUUGUCGCCCUGCAUAACGUUAUCUCUUUAGUUGGACUAACAUAGGCCUAAAAACCCCCAGAAAAAAGCAACUCUAUUAACACGAGCAUAUACGAGGCAUUGUGAUAUUUUGGGUUAGAGCAAAAGCGAGUGGCAAUGGACUGACUCCCUUUUCUCACGUGCGUUUGAGAUAUUUAGAUUGUGAGCUCAAAUAUCCUUAGCAGUAUUAAUCCAGUAGAAAAGUAUAUGGAUACACACUGAGAGUAUGCACUGUUAUUUUUCUAUCAAAAUGACAGUACAGCUUGGUGUUAGUAUUUUGCUUGUAACACAGAUUGAUUGAUUGAUUGAUUGAUUGAUUGAUUGAUUGAGCUGUGACAGUCACAGCUGCUCCCCUUUGUUUGUUCCCAUUUUAGGCCACUGAAAUCUGAAAAGAAAGCCCCUAUAAGUAAAUAAGGUGAAUGGUUCUGAGUCUUUGUAACAAGCCUGUGUGUGUGCCAACGCAAAAGAUAACGUCCCUUUCAAAUGUCUCUCACCAUUCAUAUCUGAUGCUAAGCUUCAUUUUUUUUAAUUCUUUCUUUUCUGCUAACUUCUGCUUCACUUUCUCAUCACUCUCUCUCAUCGGACAUCAUGUUUUUUUUUAAUGGGUUAAAGAUAUUUGUUGAGAAACACUUUUUCAUAGCCUUUUGAAAACCUUGAACUGACUGCCACUUUUGCUCAAGAGAGGUUAAAUGCAACAGAGGGGAUUUUUUUUUUCUUUUUAACCAGUAAAUUGUGUCAUGCUGUGCAGUAGACGUGUAUGUUCACGCUUGUUGUCCCAAUUCAUUCUUCAAUCAGAGUAAAAACUGACGUCUUAACGAGUGGUGCACGUUUGCCCGUUAACUGGUUGUUUUUGGACGCGCGCCGCCACACGCUCGGCCUUAUGAGGACGUCGCGAGGGCCAGCACAGAAUGUGAGCUGAGGGCCCAGUGACAGGGCGCAGGGUU